ACAAGAAAAUAGUAAAAAAUUUAAGAAAAAUUCAUCACCAUCAAAAUUGGAUCGAAAACGUAAAUCUUCUUCGGAUGAUAAAAUAAUGAUGAUGGAUGGUAGAAAUGAUAAAAUGAUGAUGCAGAAGAAAAUUAAUAUAAAAAUACCGAAACGUAAACGACUGUCAUCACCAACAUCAUCAUCAUCAUUUCUGGUCAUUCAUCAUCAUUUGGUGGUAGCAAACAAAUGAAAAAGAAUCCAUUAGAUGAACUUAUGGCACCAAUGAUGAUACCACCAUCACCUGAUGAUAUUAUACCGCUUGGAUCGAAUCAUCAUAUUCCCGUAACAAAACGUUCAAAUGAACCACGUAAACCAAAUAAUGUGGUGGCAUCGAAAAUUAAAAAUAUAAAAAAUCGUCGCCAAUCACCAACACGACUUCCAUUGCCUCCUGUUUCUCAAUCAUAUGCACCAUCACAUAAUCUACCGUAUGAUAAUUCUCCGAUAGUGUCGGCACCACCUCCACCACCACCACCACAACCAGCAGCAGCGACAACAACAACAGUUCCAAAUCAACCAUUUCUUGAACCACCAUACGGUUCAUCUGCUUUAUUCAUUGACAAACAAUUUUGUCGUCUUUUCUAUUUGGAUCCAACAACCGGAGUUGUACCAUUCAAAGUUCAUGCCGAUACUCCAUUCGAUCAGCUAAUGUCAACUGAUCCAAUGUUUUUGGAACCUAAACAGGUUUAUUUUUCUGGUCAUCCAACCAAAGUGAUUAUUGAUCCUGGUACAGCAUCGGAACAAAGUUUCUGUCUAAAUUUCAAUAAUCCUACACCAUAUUUAUUUCAUUUAUCGGGAAUACCACAUCCACAACGCAUUAUGCUUGGUUUACCUGAUCGAGAAUUAAUCGUCAAUGAUCGACCAUACAAAGCUCAAUUUGGUGGUGCACCAGUUCCAAUCUAUUUUGAAGCCGAUCUUCAAACACAUUUAUUUUUAUUAUCAGAUUCAAAACCAUUUCUACAAGUAUCGGAUGAACCACGUUAUGAUCUUUGGAAUCGUUUGGUUGAUGAAGCUAAAGCAAAAAUGUCACGUCACCAGCAACAACAACAACAACUACCACCACCAUCUACAACGACACAUCUUCCAUUCAAUUAUGGUCCAUCGAUUAACAACAAUAUACCUUCAAAUACAAUGAUAUCAUCAACUACUAAUGUUGUAACAACGAAUACAUAUCUCAUACAGCCAACAACCAUGCAGCAGCCCGCUUCAACACAAAUUGUUUCGGCCGAUUUAAUGCAACAACCACCAACUAGUACACAGGUGCCAUUCAAUUAUGGUCCAUCGAUUAACAAUAUGCAUUCAAAUAUAAUGAUACCAUCAUCAACUACUAAUGUUUCAACAUCAAACAUCUAUCAUCCACAACCAACACCACCAGUUUCAACACAAAUUGUUUCGGCCGAAUUAAUGCAACCACCGCCACCUACAACUACACAUCUUUCAUUCAAUUAUGGUCCAUCGAUUAACAACAUGCAUUCAAAUACAAUGAUACCAUCACCAACUAAUAAUGUUCCAACAACCAAUACCUAUCAUCUACAUUCGACAGCCAUGCAACACUCAACUCCAGUUUCAACACAAAUUGCUGCGAACGAAUUAAUGCAACAACCAUCAACCAUCACUACUACACAGGCGUCAUUCCAACAGCAACCAACAUCUGCUUCAGCUAAACCGGCAUUAUCCGAUCUUGGUUCAUUGCUAUCUAAAUUAUCGGCAGCCGGUUUAAUCUCCAAUAAAACAGUUUCAACUUUCACUGGAACAUCGACAACUACAACGACAACAACUACCAAUGAUUCGAAUAAAAUGAAAAAAGCUCAGACCACAGAACCCAAACGAUAUCUAUCGUUGGAAAUGUCUCAACUUAAACAAUAUCAUCAAUUUGUUAUCAAUCAACUUUAUAAUGGACUUCAAUGUACAAAUUGUUCGCUUAGAUUUCCGAAUGAAUCUGAUUCUGGAAAAAAGAGUCGAUAUUCACGUCAUUUAGAUUGGCAUUUUCGACAGAAUCGUCGAAAAAUUAAACCUGAAUUCGGUUCAGCUGCCCUCGCACAUCGUCGUCCUUGGUAUUAUACGAUUGAUCAAUGGAUUCUUUACAAAGAAGUUAAUGAUGAUAUUGAAGAAAAUAAUGGCGGAUUUUUCGAUUCAAAUUCAGCCGACAGUCCAAGUAGUGCAGCACAUCGUGCAAAUCAAUUUAAUAUGAAAUUUGCACAAUUUAAAGAUUGUAUCGGUGAAUUCGAUCAGUUCAUCGAAGUAAUAAGCUGUGAUAAUAUUAAUGUGAUGUCAAACAAUAAUAAAGAUGAUUCAAAUAAUCAGAAAAUUUGUUCGGUUGUUGCCGAUUCUGAUGUUACCAGUAAUUGUACUGUUUGUAAUGAGCCAUUCAAAAUUGAAUGGUAUGAAGAUGAAGAAGAAUGGCGUCUAAUCAAUGCCGUGUGCUUUUCUGUAGCCGGAAACGAUGAGCAACAACCCGCCGCCGUUGGUCGUCCAUUUCAUCCGCUUUGCCUUAAAGAUCAUCUGUUGCAACAAUUGGAGAAACAAUCGAUUCAAAAUAAUGAACAUCUUGACGAAUCCAACCAAAAUCUAUCACUAAAUUCAAUGAUGAUACACAUCAAUUAAAUCAGCUAGUUCUGGUGCUGGUAGUUCAUCAAUCAUACCAGGA